AUGUAUCCGGGAAGUGAUGCAUUGAGAUGGGCAACAUUGAGCGGUCAUCAGAAGCUUGUAACUCUGUUGUUGGAGCACGGAGCGGAUCCAAAUAAGGACGAUGCCUUGGAAUCGGCGGCAAUAGGUGGUCAUAAGGACGCUGUUGAAAUGCUGCUGGAGAAGGGAGCGAGCCCCAAGCAGUCAAGUGCUUUGAAGGAAGCUGCAAAAUUUGGCCAUACAGACAUUGUUGGAUUGCUUCUGGAAAGGGGAGCAGAUCCGGGUGUGCUGGAGACCGGGGGUGCGAAGCCAAAGUUGAAGAAAAAUGUCGCUGAAGUAAUUGAAAAGAAACAAGAUCAAAUACGACAGCAACAACAGGAAUUUACGGAGGGAAUAAUGGGGAAUAUUGAAAAUCCCUGUAAUAUCACAAUAACUGUCGUUGGUCAUAAGGGAGUCGGCAAGUCUUGUUUCGUAAAACAAAUCGAACAAGAAAGUAUACCUCCAGGUGGACCCGGCUCGACGGAUAGUGCCGACUUCUAUAUUAACUAUAUAGGCUACAACCCGAACACCGGCUUCCGACUGAAACUCGACGAAAAUGGGGAGAUGGAUACCGGUCGUCAUCGGCUGAAACGGAUCAUUGAUCGAUACCGAAAAAGGAAAAAGAAUGACACAAGACAGCCUGAAUGUGAACCAGUGCAUCACACAAAAGGCACAAAGGGACAAUCAACUAUGGUUACAUCCACAUCAUCGUCGGCAGUGAAGAAGACAGGUAUCAGGCAGAGACUGAAACGAAUAAUUCAGGAUUUUUUAUUCAGAAGAAGACACCAUAGAAAGUUAUCUUCGGAUCAACGGAACGUUAUUGAGGAUAUUAUGCAUGCCGAACACAAAGAAAGUAGUGAGGAGGUAAAGGGGUUUGUAACAAUCUAUGAUUUCGGAGGAGAAGAGGUGUUUUAUAACACACAUCAUUGUUUCAUGUCAAGCAACAUGAUUUUCGUCCUAGUGUUCGAUGUGGCGAUGUGUCUGGAUCCGGAAAGAUCAGCUACAGGUUACGAAAUAACGGAACAUUGGUUGACUUCUAUUGCUACUUAUGCCUUCGACGGAAGAUCACAUGACAAGCGAACACCACCGAUAAUUCUAGUCGGCUCCCACCUGGACCAAGUGUCAUCUGAUAAAGAAGAACAGGAAAAAAUCUUUGAAAAAGUGCUGCAGAAACUAUCCGAUAAUCCGCAACUAAGUGAAAUCAUGAAAAGCCAUGUUCGAGACAUGUUCCCUAUUGCAAACUUGAAUGAUUCUACAAAAAACCAAGAUGUGUAUGAAUCAAUGUGGAAGAAGAUCAUAGAAAUCGCUCCACUUCAAUCCCAGUGGCAGAAAGCUGUGCCUGCCAAAUGGGUUGCUUUCGAACAUGAUCUUGUCAUGCUUAAAAAGAGAGGAGAUGUCAUCCUGACCUAUCCAGAUUUGUUAACACUCAACAGCCAAUCAGCAGUCCCCCUAGAACAGCGCGAAAUAAUGGAUUUCCUUAGGUAAAUAAACAUAACAUACUAUUAGGUCAUCUGACCUGAAGGGUCAGGAUGACCUAUAA